CACCCACGUCUGUGACUGUAGCAACAGGGUUAAGCGCAAUGGAGCUGCUGCUGGGAUCGCCUUGCUCGAUGCCGGGAUACUCCGUCUAGGUAUGAUAUUUCGAUCGAAGCGGCGAUGGCGGUGGAGAGCGGCGAUCCACGUUCUGCUCGGAUUCGAUGGCGCGUUGCCUCCGCCGCGGCAGUGGCGGCGGCGGCGCUGCUGCUCGGGAUCUCGGGCCUGAUGAAGGCGCUCCCCAAUGCUUGCGUCAUGACCUACAUGUAUCCCACCUAUGUGCCCGUUCCAUCGGGGCCUGGCUCGCCAUCGGGGAAGUAUGGAUUGUUCCUCUAUCACGAGGGGUGGAAGAAGAUCGAUUUUGAGCAGCAUUUACGUCGCCUCGCCGGUGUUCCAGUUCUCUUCAUCCCUGGCAACGGCGGCAGCUACAAACAGGUGCGAUCACUUGGAGCCGAGUCGGAUAGAGCAUACAAUGCUGGGCCUCAGGACAAAACAUACUACCAGCAAUCAUUUUUCACUCCCGACGAGGCCGGGAUGAGCAACGAUGAGAACUUGUGGGGGCGAGAGUCGUGGGACUCUCCGGACCAUGUACGAGAUCUCUUGGCAGACGUGGGGCAUCAAGAGGAGUACGUGAACCGGCUGGACUGGUUUGCUGUUGAUCUCGAGGGAGAGCAUUCGGCUUUGGACGGAAGAAUUCUCGAAGAGCAUACGGAGUAUGUUGUGCAGGCUAUUCACAGGAUUUUGGAUCAAUACAGGGAGUCCUUAAGAGCCAGAUCUGGAGGGAAGAGAGGAAAUGAGGACGCAUUACCGACCAGCGUUAUUGUCGUUGGACAUUCCAUGGGGGGAUUUGUCGCAAGAGCUGCCGUCGUCCAUCCGGAGCUGAGGAAAGGAACAGUACAGACUGUUGUGACGAUUUCUAGCCCGCACUUGCUACCUCCCUUGGCACUUCAGCCAUCGCUUGGUCAUUUUUUCUCGAGAAUAAACAAAGCAUGGCGGAUGGGUUAUAGCAGUCCAAGGUCAAGGUCUGGAAGGCCGAGGCCUAGUAGCGAGGCCCCACUCUCAGAUGUUAUAGUGAUAUCUUUGCCGGGUGGGAUUUACGAUUACCAGGUUCGUUCUAGAAUGGCUUCACUUGAUACUAUUGUUCCAGCAACAAAUUCACUUACCGUUGGGGCGCCUGAAAUGCUGAAUGCAUGGCUUUCUACCGAGCACCAGACGAUAUUGUGGUGCAAUCAACUCGUUGUUCAGCUUGCACACACACUCCUAAACGUUGUUGACAGGCAAACUGGUCAGGCGAUAUCAAGUCCUCGUACGAGACUGGCAGUUUUUAUUGCAAGACUAAGAAGUGCCAUUCCGCAAACCUUUGGCUGGCUCGCAACAGCUGAUUUAAUGGAUGACAAGGAAUCAGCAUCUGGCAGAAACGAUAAAAGCACAGCGGCGAAACCGAAGUACGCGGGUCGCUAUGCAUGCCCGAGAACGUUUCAGUGGGAAGGUGAUAGGGACUUUCAUGUUGACACUUCUUUAGUGACAGUUUUGGCCAUGGACGGUAGAAGGCGUUGGCUGGAUAUUCAAAAGCAGGCAGUACAUGGCAGAUCAAACUUUGUUCUAGUGACAAACUUUGCACCAUGUCUGGGAAUUCGAGUUCACUUAUGGCAUGGAAAAAGCAAGAAAGCCAAUGACAACGCUGUCGAAGUUACGGCAAAGAUGGUUCAAUUGCCUUCAGCACCGGCACCCCGUCAGGCUGAGCCUGGAGGACAAUCCGAGCAGGCUUCUCCAUCAGGAAUCUUGAGACUAAGCGCAGACGAUCUGGAGGGAUUUCGCUACAUAACUAUUUCUGUGGCACCUCGUCCAACCGUGGUAGGACGGCCUCCACCAGCAGCAUCCAUGGCUGUAGGCCAGUUUAUAGACCCGAGAGAUGGGAGUGCGUUUUUGUCGGCUUGGUCAAUCUUUUCUUCUACUUACAGAUCUCAGAGUCUACAUCUAAACGAGAAGCAUCCUUUGGUGAUGAACUUUUCGGUCUCUGUCGGCUUUGGCGUUUUGCCACUUUUAAUGGAAGUAAAAACGGCAAGCUGUGGCAUUUCGGAUAGACAACAGGCAGGCGAUAGUGAAGUUGCAAACCUUUGCAAGCUUCGCUGUUUUCCACCGCUGGCAAUGCUUUGGGACCCUUAUGCGGGUCUUCAAAUACUUCCUAAUCUGCGCGUGGAAACUAUUGUAUCCGACUCUUCUACUGUCUUACCGGGCCUCAAGUAUGGUCCUCACGAAGCAUCCAUGGUUCUAUUGGCUGACCCGCAUUGUGGUUAUAACAUUACAUUUAAAUUGGCGAAAUCCAUCACUGUUAACAGGUUUCUAUUAACGCAUGCGUCACAGAUUGGAGGAUUCAUGGUAGUGGUUUUGCUGUAUGCGUUAAGUCGACAAGCUCGUGCAUGGGAACUUGAUACGUCCUUUCCCUCGCUUUAUGCUUGCCUGGAACGAAAUUUUAUGUUUCCAGUGCCGUUUCUUCCGCUGUGUUUUGGCCCCUUAUUUAUUUAUUUUUUCCGUACGACAAUUGGAGGCGAUAUUCCACCUCCAUAUGUGCAAACAUCGGUUGUGGCUGCUAUUUGCUACGUAAUUGCCAAUGGGAUUAUGGCCAUCCUUGCUGUAGGGAGCAUGCUCACCUUUCAUGCGACUGCAUCUCUUCAAGUGUUCUUGCGGUCCAGGUGGCAGUCGAAAUGGAACAGUAGAUGGCUACGGCGUCUGUUUGAUCAAGUCUCUGUUUGCUUCAAUCUCCAGAUGGUAAGGAAGGUCAGAGCAGUGCCAAGACUGACCACGGGGAUAGUGGCAACUGUUCUUGUGUUUUUUGUUCAUCCUGUCUUGGGACUCUCAGUGCUACUUCUAGCGCAUACAUGGUCGUGCCAUGUUGCGCUUUGCAGCUAUCGCGAGACGAGAGCGACUGCAGAUAGGCCACAAGCAGACGCUAACUCCCGAAGAAACGGGCAUCACAACGGCGCCAAAGAUGAUCUAGACGAGAGCAGCGUCGUCGACACAAAAUCCGCGGCGCUUGUUCACCUCGAGUCCUUCAAAUUCUUCCAGGGCUUGCUCCUCCUACACUUCACAGCCACAGCCAUGCUCCUCCCCUCUUUCAUCGCGUGGAUACAGAGACCCAAAGUCGAUCGGACACUUCCAUGGUUUCUGGACUCGCUACUGUGCUUCGGCGUCCUUCUCCACGGCCUCUACGCGAGCAGCGGCGGCGCAGACACCCUCUCCUCUUUCAGCCGCUUCGAAGCACUGAGAAGCUACGGAUUGAGCGUGGUUUUUGCGGUGAGUGGAUUGUAUACUUACUGGGCAGGGCUGUGCUUGGCUCCCUAUCGAGCGUUCUACGCUUUCGCGGCCAUUGGUUUGAUCACUUCAGUGAUGAGAUACACAGACAAGAACAAGGGAGAUUGCUGCUCCUUGUACAAGAGUAAAAGGCGGCAUUUUCACGGGCAUUAAGUUUUAACCGCUGUACUUUUUCUGAGGUGAAAAUAGUUUGCCUUGAGGAUUUACCGGAAUCUAUGGCCGUCCGAUGUAGAUGGAUUCUCCUAGAAUC